GUGGGAGGAACUUUCAAUGUCCUAUCUGCCGAGACAAUUGUCCCAUACCCAAUCAAGGGGCUGCUGGUCUAAAGGUGAACUUUUUUGCUAACAGUGUUUUGGAUGCAAUGAAAGGCCUUGAAGUUGCGGAAACAGAAACAAUAUGGAACUGUGCUUUAUGCUUUCAAGGGGGGAAAACCAUCCCUGCUGUGUCGCAAUGUAUGGAAUGUAAUGAGAAGUUGUGCCAAUCGUGCAGACAAGCACAUAAAAGGUCUCGUUUAUCAAAGUCUCACCUGAUACUUGACCUUACAGGUGACAGGUCCCUCGAUGCAAAAGCUGCUAUCAGUAUGCUAUCGCAACACACUCUAUACUGCCAAGAGCACACAAAUGAGCCACUGAAAUACUUCUGUAAGAAUGACCAGCAUCUUAUUUGCCAAGAUUGUUUUGCCUUCAAACAUCAAGGCCAUGAAUUAGAAAACAUUGAGAAUACAGCCAAAGUAAGUAAAGAGAAUCUGAGUUCUGUCAUUGAAUUAGGAAAACAGAGGUCAGGCAAGUACAUGGAGAUCAUCAAAACUGGUAAUACAGAAAAGGAUAGCAUUCAGGAAAACAUUGAUGCUUAUAUGGCCAAGUUGGCUAAAGAGGAAAAAGAAUUACAUGACGAAGUUGCCUCAUAUAUCAAUGGAAAGAAGGCCAGAGUAAAUAACAUUGGUGGUAGAGCAAUUAACAAUAUCAAGGCUCAAAUCACUGAGCUUGAAACUGAGAAAAAAGCAAUUGAUGACACUGUACUGCAGCUAGAGACACUGAGUCAGCAUGGUCAUGCUGCUGAUAUAGUAUACAUGGUGCCAGAGAUCAAUAGCAAGAAAAGGGCAUGGUCUACUGUACCUCAGGUCAACAUAAACCAUCAGAAAAGGGUAGGUGUUAGGCCAAGUCAAGUUAAUGAUAAAUAUCAAAUAUUAUUUGGAUCAGUGAAUUUCAUCUCUCGUGAAGAGGCAAGGAGGAGGAUUGAAGAGACAAGGAGGAGGAACAGGGGUUUCAGAGGUAUUUUCAAAUUUCUGAUGGGCACUCAAUUAAAUUUUCCAUGAUAAGCACAAGCAAAGUGAUGCUACCAAAUUCAUAGCCUAAGUAUAAGCAGUUAUUCAUAUAAUUACUGACCACUUAUAAUUGUUUAUCUCCAAUUAAAUAGUAGAAAAAGUAAAUAUUUAAAAUGU